ACACUACAUCAUGGCUUAAAAUAAAUUUGAGAAUUGCAUACAGUUGUUCCUUCAGCAAUGAGCCAUAUAACCUUUAUGUGUAAGUUCCAACUUCCAAUUCGAUUUAUAUCAUAAGCAUUUACUCAUAAAAUUGAAUACUCUGUAUAACCCUUACAGAAUCACAAAGGUACCUGUAAGUCGUGUUCCUUUUUUGUUGUCUUCAAUUUAGGAUUUUCUCUUAUCGCAUGGAUUUAGCGUUUGUUGUACUUAAAGUCAAUACAAGGACAUUUUAUAUACAAAGAAUUGAGCUUGUAGCUUUUACAUGCUAAUAUCUUCACAAGACUGACAUCCCACUUGAUGUUGACUAAUAAAGUGAUUAAAUCGUUGAUAAUUAAAAUGUUUGAAUGUUUAUUAGAAAUCUCUGAAUGAUGGUAAAAGAAUCAGACGAACUAAAUCUAUAUAUUUUGAGUAUUUGAGUUACUAUAGAAAAACACUGUCAAUGAGCGCUUUUUUAUGCUAACAUUGGUAAAACAUGUACGUUGAUGAAUCUAAUCCAAUUUCGCGAGCGCUUCAAACCCAUAUCACGGCUUACGCUUAAAUUAAAGCCAAGAUGAGACACUAGAAAGUAUAUGACUUGAGAUUUGGAAUUCCGAUUUGAUCGAGAUCUUUUUCAUGUGUAUUUCUAAAGUAAUCAAAAUGGCUUUUGGAAGCCUGGGUGACAUAUCUGUAGGUGGUCUUUCUGAUGUUCCACGUUCCGUCGAAUAAGCCGAACAACAAGGCUGCCUUCCAAGCACUGGUGUUGUUAUUUUCAUGCAUGGCUGACGACGGACGCCUGAAAAUCUCAAACAUCUAUUUCUAUUACAUCGGAUUUUCCAUUGUUCGCGAAGUCUAUUCUAAUUCAAACAUAGACUUUUUAAUAAAUUUGGAUACAGAAGAAAUCGGCCUCGUCUGUACCAUUUCACGCAGUUAGCUUCAGUUUAGGAAUUUAAUACAAUGCUUUAGUGAGAGUAGAAAGAUAUUAUGCGACGAAAACUUCAGGAAAAGGGUAAAGCCGGGACUGAAGCAGGUGAAACAAUGGACGUAUUGAGUACAAACUCAGAUAGUGACACAAGUAAAGAAUCGACGGACCAAGAAAUGGAGAUUGUUCAUGACGCUAUUAAAGCAAACAUGUUUAAGGACAGAGGCAACCAGUGUUUUAAGAAGGGCGAUUAUGACGAGGCUAUCCACAGUUACACAAUUGCUAUCCAAGCCGACCUGUCUAACCCCAUUCUUUACGGAAAUCGAGCGAUGGCUUUUUUAAAGAAAGCUGAUCUUUUGUGUUCAAAACAUACCAACGAUGAUACACUUUCAAAAACUGCUCUUGAUUUCUAUCGAGCUGUGGACCAGGAUUGCUCACAGGCCCUGAGACUUGACAAAGAUUUUGUUAAGGCAUACUUUCGUCGUGGUAUGGCACGUAAAGCGCUAGGCAUGAUUCAAGAAGCCUUAUUCGACUUUGAAGCCGUCGGACGACUUGAGCCAGGAAACAGUGUAGCCGAGAAAGAAGCUCAAUCACUGAAAAUAGACUUGUGGGCCAAAGCUAAAAGCCAAAAAAGAUUUUUCACUGAGUUUAAGAGCAGUCCUGUGAUGCCUUGUGCUAGAAAAAAGGAUUGGAGUGGAGAAUUUAAAAGAAUGCGUAUUGAGGAAUUAAACCUUAAGGAUAAGGAGGAAAUCGAAACCUGCUCAGAUGAGCACAGAGAGAUUGCAGAAAAAAUGGACAUUGUGCCGAGAAUUAUUAUGCCCUCACCGCCCACCACCUCAUAUGAGUUUUAUGCAGAUUGGCGCGAUUUGGCAGGUCAUCCCAAGGAGCGAACUCAGUACCUGAUGAUGAUGGGUCCCCAAGGAGUUAAGGCUGUGUUUCAAAAUUCGAUGGAGCCGGACGUAUUAUCAGAUAUAAUUGCCCUACUUUAUAAUGCCGUUGCCGAAAGCAAAAGCCGUCAUGACGCUAUCGCGGAUGUUCGAACAAACUCCGUGGCUUUGCUAGAGGCUAUAACUCAUGUAGGAAGAUUCGACACUAUCAUCAUGUUUAUGAACAAAGAAGAGACUGACAAACUGAAAGUUAUACUGAAAGGGGAAACACGUGUAGAAAAGCUGUGGAAUUUGUUGUAAUGUGUUUUAGCUAAUAAAUGCAUUAACAAUA